AUGGAAGAAAGAAAAACAGUUGCUGAGUACAUGUUCAAGAUCAAUGACCUUGUCAACAAUAUGAGAGCACUUAAUGAAGAUAUUAAGGAUGUUGAUGUUUGUAAGAAGAUACUAAGGUCACUCACUUCUAGAUUUAAUCCUAAAAUGACAAUUCUCGAAGACAAAGAUCUUUCUGAAGUGAAAAUUGAUGAGCUUCAAGCCUCUCUCACUGCCUAUGAAAUGAGAAUUGGUGUUCCAGCUGUUCAUAGAAGAGACGCUGCUCUUAAAGCAAAGGAAGUUGUUGAAGAAACUGAAACAAAGUCUAAUGAUAAUCUUGAAGAAGAUGAGGUAGCCUAUCUUGCUAAGAAAUUCAGAAAGUUCAGGUUUAAAAAAAAGAAUCAGCUACAAAAUUUAACCUAUUAUGGUUGUGGUAAACCUGGUCAUGUUGCGUCUAAUUGUCCAAACUCAAAGGGGCAAAGUCAGAAGAAGAAUGAGGGAGGAAACUAUAAAGGAAGGUUUGGUAGAAAAGCACUUAUCUUAGAUUGGGAUGAAGCUCCUGAAGAAGAUAAACCUGAGGAGACACAAGAAGAUGAAUGUCUCUUUAUGGCAGUUCUCGAAGCACCACAAACUCCAGUUCAAGUUGAAGAAGAUAGUGACACUGAGAUUGAGGAAAUUCUUGAAGAAUGUGAAAGGCUUGCAGUAAAGUGUAAUCAACAAAAGUCCCAGAUAAAAAGGCUCAAUUCAGAAUUGUUAAAGCCCAAACAAAUUCUCACUAAACACUUCAAACUUAAACUGUCAAUGUUGUGUUCAGUUUCUCUUAUUUUUCAAAGCCUAUUGAAAUCUCAAGUCAACACUCAGUGGUCUACCAAGAAGUGCAAAGAAGAACUGUCUCUCAUUCUUGAAGAAAGAUCCCUAAAAAUGGCUGAGAUCUGGAAGCAAUCCACAAAGCAAAUUGGAAAGACUGGAAUUGGCUAUGUGUGUGAUUCAGCCACAAAGGUCAAUCAAACUCACUCUGUAUUUGUUAAAGCUACAACUGGUGAAGUGUAUGCAAGGUUUCCUAUUAUAAAGCCUCAGAGGUUUAAGGGUGAGUUACUUAAUAACACCUGCAGUACUUUAAGCUUCAACAAGAGAGACUUUGUUACCAUAGCUAUAAGGAACUUUAAGAUAACUAGAAUGUAUGUUAAGAAGUCAGACUUAGCUUUAGCUCAGAAGGUCAAGGACAAAGGAUCCUUCGUGAAGACUAAAAUGAUGUGGAUUCCGAAGAAAUUAAACUUUAUGAGUCUUCUAGUGUAUAUAGCUUUGAAAGCUUGUAACACUCAGGACAAAUGUUUGAUGGGGGGAAAUGUUAUCUUCAGAGACAAUCAAAAGGCAAAAAUUAUUAGUAUUGGAACUAUAGACAAGUCUGAAGAAUUACCUGAGAUUCAUGAAGUUCUACUUGUUGAAAGGCUCAAACACAAUCUUCUCAGUGUUAAUCAACUAGGUGACAAUGGAAAAGAAGUAUGCUUCAAUAAAGAGAAGUGCAGUGUGGUUGAUCUCAGAUCCAAACAAGUCCUUUUCUGGACGUAUAGAUCCUCAGGAAAUGUUUAUACUGUCACUAAAGAAACUUAG